CAUAAGAAUGCUUGGAAUGUGGGAAGAGUUUCACACAAAGCACAAGCCUUACUCAGCACCAAAGGAGUCACACGGGAGAAACCAUACGAAUGUUUGGAGUGUAAGAAGAGCUUCACACAGAGCACAGCCCUUACUCGGCACCAAAGGAGUCUCACGGGGGAGCAGCCAUAUGAAUGCUUGGAGUAUUAGAAAUGCUUCACACACAGCACAAGCCCUACUCAGCACCAAAGGAGUCACACAGGAGAAACCAUAUCAAUGCUUGGAAUGUGGCAAGUGCUUCACACAAAGCACAAGCCUUACUCAGCACCAAAGGAGUCACACGGGAGAAACCAUAUAAAUGCUUGGAGUGUAAGAAGAGCUUCACACGCAGCAUACACCUUACUUGUCACCAAGGGAUUCACACAGGGAAGAAACCAUAUGAAUGCUUGGAAUGUGGGAAGAGUUUCACACGCAGCAUACACCUUACUUGUCACCAAGGGAUUCACACAGGGGAGAAACCGUAUGAAUGCUUGGAGUGUGGGAAAACCUUCAGAUAUAACAUGAACCUUACUUACCAUCAAAGAAGUCACACAGGGGAGAAACCAUAUGCAUGUUUGGAGUGUAGGAAGAGCUUCACAUACAGCAAAGAACUUAUUCAGCACCAAAGGAGGCACACAGGAGAAACCGUAUGAAUGCUUGGAAUGUGACAAGAACUUCAAAUGCAGCACAAGCCUUACUUGGCACCAAAGAAGUCACACAGGGGAGAAACCUUAUAAAUGCUUCGAGUGUGGAAAAAGCUUCAGUUGCAACACAAAGCUUCCUUGUCACCAAAGGAGUCAUUCAGGGAAGAAACCGUUUAAAUGCUUGGAUUGUGGAAAGAGUUUCAUCUACAAGUCAAACAUUAUUCCACACUAAAAAAUUCACAUGGAAGAAAUCGUACCAUUGCUCCGAGCAUGCAAAGAGUUUCAGAUAGAGAGCAAACCUUGUGUGCCAUCAGAGAAUCCGGAGUUGAGAGAAAUCAUAUAAAUGUUUGCAGUGUGGGAAGAUCUUCAGCGAAAGAAGCUUUUCUUACACCAAAGGAUCCACUUCUUCAAGUAAAUGAAGCUAAUCCCACUCUCAUACCCUUGAAACUUGUUAAUCGUCAUAGCAAAGCAGAUCUUGAGGGAAACUGGAUUCUUUAGAACUCAUUCUAUCGACCUUGGAAUGAUGGAAGGCUGAGUCAACUCUGAACCAGCUACCUGGACCCGGCUUCCACCGGGAUCGAACUUAGGCUGUGAGCAGGGCUUGGGCUGCAGUACAGCAGCUUGCCACUCUGCGGCUCAGGGCUCCUAUUGGGUGCUACGGUAUUUAACCACUUUAAAUCUAGUUAUAAUACUUAUGGGUAUGUCCAUAGAAUCCAGUGCUUGGAUUGCUAUCUUUAAAUAUUGGUUACGUCUUUAUUUUCGCCCUCCCUCCAAUAGCCUUACUGCUUCUAAAAGGGCCGAUCCUUGUUUCUCAGUAGUCCCAAUCAGUAUCUGAAAAAAUUAAUACUCUGGAUAUCGAUCUAGAUUCUCUGGCUAAUUCUAGUGAAACUCAUAUAUUCUGAAUAAUUUGCACGAGAAUUUGGGACAUUGAUUCACAGGUGAUAAAUGCUGGCACAGCGGGGACUUGCUCCCCCCAGUCUUGAGGUCUUUCCUUUCCACAUAAUGCUACGGCCCAGUAUUUCUCGACUCUAUCAAUUCCCUCUCAACACAGAGCUUUCAUGCUAGCCAGUCUUAAUAUAUUUCCCUCAGCCGUGGCCACAGGCAGAUAUAAGGAUGUUCCUCAUGAGGCAAGAUUCUGCAGGUGUCACUGCCGUGAACCUGACUCCAUUCAGCAUAUAUUUUUAUACUGCCCGCUGUUUACCCAGCUGUGUUCACGACUGAUUCGCCCUCUCUUUCAAGAUGGCGACUAUUAGAGGUGUGGAAUUUUUGUUAGCAGACAGAUCUCCUGAAUUACUGAACUGGUGGUAGAGUUUCUGGCAAAUGU